CAAACCGGAGAAAGUACGUUCUUCGCGGCUGCACUUCAUCUCAGAGCUGAUGAGAUGGACGAUCAAGAUAACACAGCGGCAGAACAAAACAAGGACAGCACAGGAGGAGAAUCUGAAAACACGUCUGAAACACCUCCCAUCAAUGAGAGAAUGGCUCCUGAUCUCACACUUGUACUGAUUGGUGACCCAGCUUCCACUGACAUCGGACCAAAGAACAUUUUACUUGACCAUGACGACCAAACAAAUGUGGAACAGUUUUCACCCAAUCUGUAUAAUCUGUGUGGUCGACACGUCUGUGUCAUUAACAUGCUGGGUCUACAAACAAAGGAAAUCCCUUUAAAUCAGGGAGUUCAUGCCUUUGUCUUACUAUUACCCAACACUCUGCAUAGCAGCCAUUACAGCUCAGGAGUGCAGUGGUUAGAGAAAGUUUUUGGGAGAGGAGCACUUUCUUAUUUAAUCACAGUGGUGACUCAUGAACCAGGUGAAACAUGUGAAAGUGCAUUAAAAGAGCUGAAAACUAACAUAGAUUUCAAUGAAAAAAGGUUCCACACAUGUACAAGAAGUAUGAUGGAUGAAAAUCAGGUAGCAAAUUUGUUAGAAAAAAUAAACGUCAUGGUCUCUGAAAAUGAUCCCCAAAGCUACACUGGACUGGUGUGUGCUGAAGAUAAAGACCAAGAAGGACACCUUGAGGACAAAUACCACGAAGAAGAAAGGAAAGACUCAGAGUUAAAGACAAAUAAAACAGGAACCGCAGAUGAGGAGGUGAGUGUAAAGGAGAACAUCAGUGGAAACAAGGAGCAACCAGUGAAGGUUUCUGAAGAAAUCAAAAAGAAGAGGUCAUGUCAAAAACAAACUGAGACACUGCUUGGCAGACUUCACCUUCAAGACAAAUUUCAACAUAAGUUUCCACCAGCAGAUUUUCUUCAGAUACAUCUACGUGUGAAACAGCACCAUGUUACAUCUGAGAAAGAUCUAGCUCAGACAUUUCUCCACAGGCUGAUGAUGUUAGACUACAGAGUCAGAUACAUUCCUGUAAAAUCAGAUAGUCAGACAGAGGGGAACCAUCCAAAACCUGUUCAGGUGAUUGACAUAACUGAGGAAGAUUUCAGUAAUCUGGGGGCUUUAUUAAGAAUGGGUGCAGGCACACAUCAGUCAGAACAGACUCAUUUGCAUCCAAUGGACGUUCAGAUGGCAGUAUUUCACUGCUCAGACAGCUUCCUUAAACAGAUGAUGAUUACAAAGCUCUCUCAGUGUCAGUAUGCCUUACCUUUGCUUGUUCCCGACCCAGUCACUAUGGAGAUCGAGUGUCCUCUGUGGACUUUCAGACAAAUAACAAAAACCUGGAAGGUAACUGAAAUCAAAGAUGGCUCAAACAUCGUCACUAUGAAGAGUGUUCCAGUGUACAAAGCUCAGACACCCUUGGUGUCAUUUUUCCGCCUGGGUUCUCUGUCAGUGUCUAAAUCUCAGCUGAUCAACACUUUGAUCAACGACCGUCACAACACCUUCUUCCACAGGAACUGUCCAGGAAGCACCAAGUCUCGAUAUCUGAUGGAUGGUGUGGCAGAGAUUGCCUGGUACUGUCCUGCUGGAAAACCCAAUGAUAUCUUCAAUGACUGCAUUGCUUUUUGUAAUCUUCAUGGUGAUGCUCUAUUGACUGAAAGACAGUGCAACAUACUGAUUGAAAAAUCUUCCAUCAAUAUUAUUCUUUUUCCUUCUCUGCAGAAACAUGAAGAAAGUCAAUCACUUAUAUCAGCUCUUUUUAAAUCUCGCAAACCUCUCAUUUGUCUCUGUGUUGAUGACUGUGAUGUUGUAAAGACAACAACUGGACAAUACAUCAUAGGUCUCAAGGACAGAAGCCAGUCAGAGGUAUCUGAAGAACUGAAACAAAUCAUUAGAGAAUUUUUAUCUGUAGAUGGUUCCAGUUUGAAACCAUGCUUCCAGCUUGAAACCAUGGCUGAGCUCUCUGGAAUCAGAGUGGAUGAAAGUGACCCAGCCUGUCAAAGAGGGAAAUCUGCUGCUAUGAUAAUAAUGGAUUUGAUUAAAAAGAAUAACAUGGAUGUCUCAAAGCUCAAAGAUGAAUUCCUUCCUUAUCGAGGUGAUCUGUGGCAUCAGUGGAGCAAAAUACACAAAGAACUGUAUAAUCUCAGAGGAGACAUUGAAAAUGAGAAAAGUAAAAAGCAACAACAACUGAUGAACAUACGUCAGAAGCAAUGUGAUGCUUCCUGCAGUAAACUGAUGGAGUUGUUCAUUGAAAGCCUCUCAUCAUUGCCACUGACAGACAAACAGUAUUUUCUUAAAUGGAUUCAGAUAUUAAUAGAUGAUCUCUCCACAGAUGAGCUUUCCUCAGUUCUCCAAAGUUAUGAUAAAAAAUGGUCUGAGGUCUUGGCUCUGAAGAACAAAUGCAAUAAAUCAGAUCUGUUGUUAAUAAAACAAACUGAGCUUGAAGACAUUUCUAGGAAACUGCAGUCUGCAACUUUUGGUUUGGAGCACAUCUUCAGAGAAAUGGGACAGAUCUAUGAAGCUCAUAGAGCAAUAGAAGGAGAGAGCAGACACACUGACUGGUCUAAAUACCCUGAGCUGGCUGCACAGCUGAUGAUAUCAGGACACCCGAUGGAGCUGAUGGAUGGUGAUGCAGGUCACGUGCCUUUAACAUGGAUCUCCAGCCUUUUAGAGGAAGUCAUCAAGAAGCUGGGGGACCAGAGAGUUUUUGUGUUGUCAGUUUUGGGCAUACAAAGCAGUGGAAAAUCAACAAUGCUGAACACCAUGUUUGGAUUGCAGUUUGCAGUGAGUGCAGGCAGGUGCACCAAAGGUGCCUUCAUGCAGCUGCUCAAAGUAUCAGAGGAGAUGAAGAAAGACUUGAAGUUUGACUAUCUUCUAGUGGUGGACACUGAAGGACUGCGUGCUCUUGAGCUGGAAGGUAACAUCACACUUCACCAUGACAAUGAACUGGCAACAUUUGUUGUUGGUCUGGGAAACAUGACACUGAUCAACAUCUUUGGAGAGAAUCCAUCUGAGAUGCAGGACAUCCUGCAGAUUGUUGUUCAGGCUUUCAUGAGGAUGAAGAAAGUUCAACUUUCUCCCAGUUGUGUGUUUGUUCACCAGAAUGUUACAGAUGUUGCAGCAGCAGAGAAAAACAUGGAUGGAAAGAGACGCCUGCAGGAAAAACUGGACCAGAUGGCCAAACUAGCAGCUGAAGAAGAGUUUUGCGAUGCAGAGUGCUUCAGUGAUGUCAUCGAGUUUGAUGUCCGAAAAGAUGUGAAAUACUGUGCCCAGCUAUGGGAGGGCAGUCCACCCAUGGCUCCUCCUAAUCCAGGUUACAGUGAGAGCAUCCAAGAAGUGAAGAACACCAUCCUCUCUAAAGCUUCACAGUCUGCUGGGAUCACUCUCACACAAUUCAAAUACAAAAUUCAGGACCUGUGGAGUGCCCUCCUCAAUGAAAACUUUGUUUUCAGUUUUAAAAACACACUUGAAAUUGCAGCGUACAGAAAACUGGAGUCCCAAUAUGGAAACUGGACCUGGGACCUCAGGAGCAACAUGUUGACCAUUGAAAAUCAGCUUUAUAACAGAAUUGAAAAUGGAAAUCUUGACAAGGUGGAGCUGAGUUAUCUUAAUAAAGAAUCAAACAAAACAUAUGAAACUAUAGCAAAAGAAAUGACAACAUACUUUGAAGAUAAAAGAGAGAAAGAAAUCUUGGCUCAGUGGAGAGGCCGAUUUGAAACCAAAAUCAAAGAGUUUCAUGAUGAUCAGGUGAGCACGGUGAAAAGAAAACUGGAUGAAGUUAUUCAACAGAAGAAGGCUUGUGAAAAGCUGGAUGAUAAGAAGAAAGAGUUUGAGGACAAGCUGCUUCAAAGGAGCAAAGAGCUCGCUCAGCAGCUGAAGGAUAAGGCCAAAGAUGAAGAAGAGCUUAACAAACAGUUCCGCUCUGUUUGGAGUGACUUGGUCACUGAAAUAACAGCAGAUACUAAACCUAUUGAAGACAUCGACCUGGAAGAGGAUAUGUUUGCUAUUCUUCAGGAACUUGGUUUUGAGUGGCCUCUGAUAAAUGAAUGCAAACAAAAUGGCAGAUACAAGAAAAUAUCAAGGCUUGGAGAUUAUUCGGAUUAUGUCAUCCUUCCAAAGAAAGGAAAUCUCUCUGACACAAGUGAACCAGGUCCAGCUAUUAAGGAGGAUGACAAUGCUUCAAGACGUGUCACAAAGUUUUGGCAAUGUAUUAAAAAAUCUUUUGGACACAAUUCAAAAACAAAACAAAGAAAACAUAAAUCACACAGUGCUUUAUCUUAUGGUGAACAGCAACAGAUCAGACUGCUUAUUGACAAAGCUGACAAACAGUCACUUGGUGCAAUUAAAGACAAACCUGUAGCUACAAGAGGCUACACACAAACUCACUUGCAUGAAGUGGCCAAAAAUGUAAAAGAGGAAGUGAAGAAUUUUUCAAGGACAUAUACUUUGAAGAAGGAGUUUACAGUGGAUCUCAUACUGUAUGUGUUUGACAGAGCAGAGAGUUGGCUUCUAGACUCCCAGGAGAAAUUUAAAAUGAACACAGAUGCACUCACUUAUUUAGAAAGCAAGAAAACACAGUUUCACACAGUCUUUAGAAGCUUUUGUAAAGGAAACUCAUCUGCUGUUGUGCUCGCAGAAUUGAUCUGUGAAAAGCUGAAAGCUUCCACUGUUGAGGCUGUCUGUAACAGGACUGCCAUUGGUCUGGCUGGAGAGAUGAGGUGUAAUUUCCCAGCAUUCAAUGGGAACAGGCUGAACUUGGAGAAACAUGUGCUGAAGUCACUCGCUGAGAAUGAAAACUUUAAUGAUUUCAUCAACUACAUCAGAAAUCCAAGGAAACAAACAGAAGCUUUUAUAAAAGCACAAGUAAAGAAAUACAUCUUCAGAGAUCACAAAGAUGAAACUGUGAAUGUACUCAAGAAUAAUGUUGAUGAUGUCAACUCACUUGUGAGUCGAGCUUUAUCUACAGCAACACAGAAAGUUCAAACUCAGAGAGGAAACAUAAACAUGUGGCUGAAGGAAUUUUCUAGUUUGCUAAAAGAUGAGUUAACUCUUGACAUAAUUUCUUCUCAAAACUUCAGUGACAUCAAUGAUUUUGAGUUUCUGAAGGACGAGAUAAAGGAAAUAUUUACAUCCAUCAUUGAUCAGAUGAGCAGCUUCUCACUGGACAAACUGAAUAAAUCCAGGCUGAAGCCUGAUGAAAUCCUCAUUGAUCAGCUGUGUAAGUGUUGCUGGGUAAAAUGUCCCUUCUGUGCAGCUGUUUGUACUAACACCAUUGAAGAUCACAGUCCUAAUGACCACAACGUCCCUUUUCAUCGACCCUCUGCAAUCAAUGGAUGGCACUACCGAGGCACAGUGGAAUUCAGCAUCAAUUUCUGCACAACAAAUGUUGCAAGUGAUCGCAGUUUUUAUCCUCGUCAUGAUUCAGAGGAAACUGUUCCCUAUAAACGGUACAGAACUGCUGGUCCAGAGUAUGCUAACUGGAGAAUCACCCCUGAUGAGUCUAAACUGGCAUACUGGAAAUGGUUUGUGUGUCGAUUUCAAAAGAAUCUGGAAAAGCACUACAAUUUAAAAUUCCAGGGCAGAGGAGAGAUUCCCAGUGAGUGGAAAACAAUCUCUAAAAAUGAAGCCAUUAAAAGUCUGGAUGAAAUGUGUGUCUAAGUCAAAGAAUCAAAACCCUUCAGUUUUGAUUUCACAUCAUAACUCAUUACUCAAAUGCUAACAGAAUGGAUUUUAGUGACAUAAACAAAACUGCAAGACCUGCAGAAAUGACAGCAUUACUACCUGAAAAGAGAAACAGUGUGUGAGAUUAGACUGUUUUUCUAUGUAAUAAUGUCUUAAAUUUAAAAUUAACUCUUAUUGAAAUGUUAUUUUACAAUACAAAAAACUUUCUGUGGAGAUUACACUGAAACAAAUCAAGUUAUUACACACACACACACACACACACAUACAUAUAUAUAUAUAUAUAUAUAUAUAUAUGUAUAUAUUUUGUUCAAAGUUGCUAUAGGAUAUAUAAAUGAUAUUUCUUCAUUCUUUUUUAGUCUUUCAUAUAGUCAAGUAGUAUAUUACCAGUCAUCUGAAUUUGCCUCAUAUUGAUUUUUCUGUAAUGUAUUUUUGUCGUUUUCUUAUAUUAUGUUGAAAUUAUGAUAGCUGCCAGUUCAUCAGUUUAUUACAGUUUAUAAACUUAUAUACAUGAGAAUUCAUUCAGAUAUUUAAAAGUCGUUUGUUUUGUUUACUUGGUUCUAAUACAUUUUUAAACAGUUAUCCAGAUUGAGUUUAAUUUGAUUAGACUUUUAUUCAGAAUUUUACACUGUUUUACCCCAUUUUAUCCUGAAUAGUGUCCUAACUAUUGUUUUCAGUAACAAAAUUUUAGUCUAUUGAUGAACAUUGGUUUUAUUAGUAGUCAGAUGUGUUACAUUAAAAUAAAAUCUUUG